AGUGAUAAGGAAAUAACUCGAGAACCUGUGCCCGUUGUUCUCGAGCAAGACUGGAAGUAUUACAAAAAUAUAGCCUGCAAAUGGUCUGUGCGCUGAUUUCCAGCUAAAAAAACAAAAACAGAUUAUGCAGGAAACAGGGAUUGUGUUCUGCAAAGAGUGGUAAAUAAUAAUUUGCAGUAACUGUUAUGCUGAUGUUGCGGCUGGUCAAGCAUUUGUGCUUGUUUCUGUAUGAUACAAUAAGAAGAAUUUCCAUUAUGGUGACGAGUGGGUCGUGAGCAUAGUUUGAGAACAGUUAUAUGUUUAAUGUUCUGUAUACUGCCUUACUCAUUCAGCAACUACUGAGCAAAUUAUUGAGCUACCAAUUAGCAAGUUAGCAUUUACUGCAUUAGCUAAUUAUAACUAGUUUCCAAUACUAUAAAUAUUUAAAAGAGAUUAGAUGAUCAUUUUAAGUUAUGGGUUAGCAUAAACAUUUCAGGUUAAGCAAUUAAACUGUAUUUACAAAAUAAAAGCCUAAUGCAAAACAAAAAAAAUCAAACAAAUAAAUGCAUACUAUACAGAUAGACCUUAAAAGUUAAAGUAAAUUAAAAUAAAUCAUGUAUUUUACAAAGUUGAAUAUCAAAGUUGAUAUCAAAAUUGGUGCCUUUGAAAACCCCCAAACCCCUACAUUAUUUCUUCUGUUAAAACUUGUAAUAUGAGCCAUAAACCUGUUUAAAUCAUUGAACCAUUUUAGUGUCACGUUGUCAAGGCAGUGAAGUUGUAAAUUUGCUAUUUCUCAAACAAAAAGUUUUGUAAAUGUAAAAAAAAACAAUUAGCAAGCAUUUUAACAUUUAUGGAUUGGCCCCACUCUCAUUGUAAGUGCCUCACUGUAACCCAGAUUUUUACUUUUGUUAUAAUUAACCUUAUGCCACAAGUGCUGCCAACUGAGUUUAACUUGUGUUGCUAUUAACUUGUGUAGCGCCUUUAGUCCUGGACUAAUGACAUAAGCACUAACAUCUAUCUAAGCUCGGACAGGGCUUGCACUAAGUAUUCCUACCAGUGUGGGUGAACAAGGUUGAUGCUCUUAUCUGGUGUUUCAAUGGACAAAUCAAGCCAAUCAGGCUCUCUAUGACGAAUCUUGCGGCUGGCCACAGCACUUUCACGAUCGUCACAGUCUCACUGGGCUGGGCUCGCCAUCUCCACUUCUUCUGAUACCUCAAAAAACCAAUCGGAGAUUAACUAAAGUUGACCAACAGUGCUUCAUUCGAUGUUCAAGUGGAAUCUCAGGAGCUCAUCUGCAUGCACGUUUCUGGAAGAAUCAUCAACAGGAAAAUGUGAUUCUUGCUUACUCUAUGCUCCACUCUACUAGGAAGAGUAGAGCGCCCUCUAUAAGAAAUUAUAUACUACUACCACUGAUUUAGUAUCCCUAAUUUUAUAGGGAUUACACCUGUAUGCCAUGACCUGACAAUUAACCAUAGCAACAGUAGGUUGCUCGAGCAAUUUUAACAAAUAUAUAUUAAAACAGUUUGCAUUUAAACAUUUUUUAAAACAGUUGAUGGUUAGGUAACUACACUAUAGGGAUGCCAAAAUACAUUUUACUUUAAUGAAUCUCAACAGAUUUGGCCCAAAUUUACGGAGACAAGAUCCUUUAAAAACUGAACCCUCAUGAAAAUCACUAAAUCAUUUCCACAUUGUUGGACAAUAAAAGCAUCAACCACAAAAAAGAUCAGCUGCGUUAACUUUUGAUGUACCAGCAACAACCUGAACAUUUCAAAAGCUGUAAAUGUUUCCAAACUCAACAAACUUCUGAAGGCUUCAUAUAAAUACUGAGUGAUUCUGCAAUAACAUAUGCAUUUGAAUCUCAUUUAAAUGAAAACAAUCAACAAAUAUUUAGGGUGAAGUUCUGCGGUGAGCUGAAAUACCUUUAUGCAUAAGUACAUUUUCAUAAAAAAAAACAAAAAAAAAAAACAUUUUCUUUCUCUAUAAAUACUGGCCACACAAACAGAUGAGGAGCACAGUACAGUCUACUCCAGGAGAGAAACUAAUGCUAGAUUGUCAGCAUCUUGACAACACAGAUACUGUCAGUUAGUGAUUGAAAAUAUAGAAACGAGCAAAACUUGUAAUAUGUACAAAGAAGAUGGAAACAUCACUCAUAAAAGCAUUGAUAAUAUUUAUGAAAAUUUCACUGUUACAAAAGGUAAAUUUGGACAAGAGACCACGGACAGUAACGCAACGAGAAUCCAGUCAUCUGAACUCACAGGUACAUUUGUAAAACAAACCACGGACAGUAACGCAACAAGAAUCCAGUCAUCUGAACUCACAGGAAGUGAUUCAGUGAGGAUCAGAAGCUCCAGAUCAGCUGUAGUGUGUUUGGUUCUGCUGUGUGUUCUUCUGCUGACUGCAGUCAUAGUGCUGUGUGUCACACUCACUCAAGAGAGACAACAGCUCAUAUCCAAGAAUGAAAACCUGACCAAUGAGAGAGAGCAGCUAAUGCUCAAGAACACAAACCUGACCAAUGAGAGCGAGCAGCUAAAAUGGGAGAAAAAGGCUCUUAAGAGUUUUCUUGGUAAAAUGGAUGGAUGGAUUUACUAUAAAUCCAGCUUUUACUUUAUUUCCUCUGAUGGUAAGAGCUGGACUGAGAGCAGAAGAUACUGUACAGAGAGAGGAGCAGAUCUGAUCAUCAUAAACAACAGAGAGGAACAAGAUUUUGUUAAGAACAUUUCUGGUUAUGCUCAUGUCUGGAUUGGUCUGACUGACAGUGAUGAAGAGGGCACAUGGAAAUGGGUUGAUGGCAGCACACUGAACUCUGGGUUCUGGUGGCCUGGAAAGCCCAAUUAUUACACUGGCAAUGAAGACUGCGCUCUAAGUUAUAUCUCAUGGUGGUAUGAUUAUUCAUGUUACAGUGCUUUUAAAUGGAUCUGUGAGACGAGUAUUUUGCACGUUGUACUGCCCUAGGAACAUCAUACACCUUUUUUUUCCUAUAUAAUUUUUAACAUUACCCAAAUGUAACAUUAUAAUACUUUCAUGAAUCAAUGAUGAAAUGUAAAUAAGUUUCAAUAAAUACUUGU